GCCCAGCGGCAGCGACGACAGCAGUCGAGCGUAACGGCUCUCAACGGAAAAACGUGGGAACGACGGUUUCUCAUUUCACGAGGGCACCCCUCUGCACCAGUGCGCAAGCGCGGUGUUUAAAAAAUACGCGCGCGCUCAGGUGCAGCCAUUCACAUCGUCGUAUCUGGUGUACAGCGAGAUUGCGCCUCCCCACCUUCGGCUACCGUGACGUCAGAUUUAGAGGCACAUAGGGGGAGAGUCGCGUGUGCAGUUUUUCGGUUAUACUCGCGUGGUGCAGUCGGAACUUGCCGGCCGGCCGAUCAUGGAUCUGAGAAUGAGUUUGAUUCUCCGCCGCUUCGUCCUCGAGGAAUCAUUCUGUGCGUCGUAUAGCAGCAUAGUGUGAUAUCGUCGCAAUUUAUACGACCGAGGAGUGUGUUGUUAUUAUUGUUGUUGUUGUGGUUGUUAACGUAUAGAGUGUGUGUUCUCAGUGCCUUCGCAUAUUCAUCUGAGGGAAAAGUGAUAACAAAGAAAGGAGAUCCGGCGAGUAAAAGAGAAAGAUAUCCCUAGAGGAUUAUCAAAGCUAGAAGAAACGCAUAAAAAAAAUGGGAAACCAACCGUCCGCCGACCAACCGUUUAAGCGGGCCACGAGCUAUGGAAACAACAUACGACUCUCGGUAAUUAAUAACACCACUUCUUUCUCUUACUCUAUCACUUGUUGCUUGCUAUUGUCGCUACGGGUGUUAAAAAAAUCUUAUGGUAAUUUUGCACCGGUGUCAUUGUCGAUCGAACUUAUAAAUACUCGUUGUUUCAAGAGCAUUAUAGUCAUUCCGCAUCCUCUGAAAACAGCUUUUGCACGAUAAAAAAUUUUAGCAAUCAAAAGAUCCUCGUUUACAUUCGCCCGCAAAUCGUACAAGUCUUACCACAAUCAUUAGAUCAAUAGGACCUACGAAAUAACCAAUGCUUUCACCCCUGCAAUUAUCUUAAAUUUAUGGCUUUUUAUGCGACGAGUCCUAUACACCCUACUAUUGUCAGGGCUCGGGGGAAAAGAAAAGACAGCUCCGGGGGUGAGGAGACAAGCGCACACGCGCCUGUCAGAAAAACAGCUGAUGCGGCAUUCGGCUCCGCGUUUUAAAUUCUCAGUACUUAUCGCAAUCGUCUUGUUUAACGCCAUAUUGUGUCGUGCGUUUCAUUCUCAUAUUCAUCCAAUAAAGCUUUAAAAUAUAUUUAUGCAACAAACGGGAGAAAUCGCCGGGUAAGCGGAUGGACCGGCUGCGGAGAAGCUUUCGAGACAGCUUUCGGCGACGGAAGGACACGCCAGAGUCCAACAAACCGCAUCAGUGGCAGGCUGACGAAUACGCGGUUCGCUCGUCGACCUGCGCUUUCGAUGUAAAGUAUUUGGGGUGUGUUGAGGUGAACAAUCAAAAGGGAAUACAAACUUGCGAGGAAGCUUUAAAAAUACUCAGGAAUUCAAGAAGAAGACCAAUUCGCGCAGAACUUCAUAUCUCUGGAGAUGGCCUUCGUGUGGUUGAACAUAAAACAAAGGGACUGAUUGUCGAUCAAAUCAUCGAAGGGGUAUCUUUCUGUGCUUUUGACAGAAAUCAUGAAAAAGGGUUCAGCUACAUUUGCAGGGAUAGUACGGCGACGCGUUGGAUGUGCCAUGGGUUUUUGGCUUUGAAGGAAUCUGGAAAAAGACUGAAUCACGCAGUCGGGUGUGCCUUUUACGCUUCCCAGGAAAGAAAACAACGCAGAGAAAAAGAUUACGCAGUGACGGUCAAAUUUGAUCAAAGAACAUCGGCGUUCACGAGGACCGGCAGUUUUCGACAACCCAGUCUUGCGGAACGGCAGCCGGACAGUCGGGAACGAGCGAUUGAUGUUUUACCUGCGCGGCAAGUGCACAAUCCGUUUGCGAUUGAGAGGCCGCACGCGUCGCCGUUGCUGCUCGAACGACAGGGCUCCUUCCGGGGCUUCAAUCAACUCAAUCAGGCCUCGCCUUUCAAGCGCCAGCUGAGCUUGCGCGUCAGCGAUCUCCCCAGCAAUCUCGAGCGCACUCGCAGUUACAGCCUCGAGCCUUCAGAUUUUUCGCGAAUUCCGAAACAGCCUACUCAAAUGCUCGCAAAUCUUCCCGUACGUCCUGCUCCAGAGCUGCCAAGUAGCCAGAACAACGUGUCGGCGAUAUGUCAGCAAAUUGUGCGCGGCCCCCCGCUAUUCUCCAGCAGCGACGAUUUUGGUCCAGGCAUCUCGCGAACUACUACUAGCACCGUCGUCAGGAAGCUUUUUACUAAUACGACCACGACAACUUACUUGCCCGGUCUGACUAACAGCAGAUCGCUGGACGACCUGAAGCUGCAGAGCGACCAGAGCCUCGGCGUCGUUGUACUGAGCGACAGCAAAAAUAACAACAACGACGAGAACAAGCCGCUGGGUAACGACGGUAUCAACUGUUCACUGAGGCCGACACCGCCGCGCAAAAGUGUUAAUAGCCCGCCUGCGAUGAACGCGGUCACCUCGAUCUUUGAAACCCCAACAGCGAGCCCGGUCGUCAGCAUGAAAUCGACCUCCUCACUCAGCAGAAACCCCAACGCUGCUUACCAGCAAGAAACCGCCACGAGUAACACGCUCUCGGAAUCACAGAACGCCAACCUCGCCCCGGCUUCCCUUACGCCCGCAGCAACGAUACCUACGCCGAUAACCGCUAUCGUGGGUAGCAGUGUUAACGGACUGACGGAUCCCAAUGCGGUUGUCACAACUACGCGGCCGAUUCCCCCUUCAGUGGCGCAAGGAAUACCUAACACCACGAAUUUGCAACAACCCGACCCAUGGUUGGACAACAUGAUGACGCAGGCGAUGUCCACAGUUCCGCCAGUCUUCUCAGCCAAUCCUCAACAAGCACCACCGCAGCAUGCGCGUGCCCUAAGCUUAGAUUCUGCAGCUAUACCUCCAACUUCUGCCAGGACAAGCGUCGUCGAUCCCUUUGACGCCAAGUGGGCCGAAAUUGCCGCGCGUAAUCUCAGACAGGCCACUAACACAAACCCCUUUCUCGAGCCGAACACAGCUCAAGCUUCCCAGGCGCAACAGUGGCACGAGGAGUUACAAAAGAGCAUAGCCGACUACUAUCGAAAUGGUGUCUAGAAGAAAAAGUUGCUGAAAUCGAAACAAUCUUUUCAGGAAAAUAGUAAAAAAGAUUUGCAAUAAAAGAAAAAAAAGCAGAUGCUUUGAUGUUUUCUGCGCACAAGAAAUUCAUUCGCUGCUCUGAGAAAAAUGUACUCAUCCGAACAGUAAAAGUCAGUCACCGGACUCGGUACAAUUAAUAAAUCCAUAGCGGUUAAUGACAGAUAAAAGCAAAGUGUAUAAAGAGAACGAGAGUGUAUAUAUUAACUUGUUAUAUUUGUACUAAGUUAAGGUUAUCAAGAGCAUAACCACAUUUGUAUAAUUUCCAUGUAAUUCAUACAUAUAGCUAUAAUAUAUAGUAUUAUUAUUUUUCUAAUGUUUGAAGAUAAGACGUCGGAGGAGAAAGUGUUAUAAUAAGUGGAUCUGUAAAUAGUGUAAAAAUUGAUUAUAUUGUACAAACAACUAGAUAUAUUUAGUUUUUAUUCUCGUUAAUAUAAAAAAAGCAAUAAUAAGCAUAACAUACAUAAUAAUUUGAAUUCAAUGAGAUGCAAAGGAUUUACUUUACAAUUGUUCCAAUUAGAGUCAACAUCUUUCUUAGUACAAAGGAUAUAGAUAAUCACAAGAACAGCUACAAAAUCAAUAUGGUAAAUAAAAAGAUUAGAAGAAACGAAUAUUCGUAAAAGAAGGGGGUAAUGAACGGCUACUAAUCGGCUACAAAUGUGUUCAAUAUGCUGAUAAAUGAUCUCAUCUAUAAUAAAGAAAUGACUACGAAAAAAUUAAAAGUUUUAUAAUCACAUAAUUUAUCGUUACAGUAUAACCAUUUUUUUAUAUUGAGUACUUGAGUCUUUAUUAAAAAUUAUUAAUUAAGUAAUUUAACUAACAUCUACACGCACUAUUUACGGAUUCUUUAGCGCGUGUUAAAAUUCCAAAUCUAUAUUCACACAGUUAUAAACAGGUAUGUUCGACCCGACCACCAAAUUACCAGUAAAAAAAUGUCUUAAUAAACGUAACUGCUGUCGUAAAUAUGCGAGAAAUUAAACGUUUUCGAAAUGUG